GGGUUUAUUGUUCUGCUCUUCUGAUGUCAAUUAAAACACUUGGUUAUUAAUUUUAAUAAAUCUUUUUAGUUAUAAAUAGUUGCACUUUUUGAAGAUGCCAGCUUAGUUGUAAGUAUCUAAGGGUCAGCACCUCCACAUUGUUGCUGGCCUAAGCCUUAGUGCACCCUAUAGCAAUGUAUAUAUUGACAUUUUUUCCCCUCGACUUUCUGUGUUUUGCUACUUCUCACUUUUCUUUGGAGAGAAGCCCUCUGAAAUAUCCUUUAGUUAUUUUCCAGCCAAUAAGUCUUUAAAAUAUGUGUAUUUUUUUUAAGAUAAAUCUACUUAUAUAAUUAGGCAGAAAAUCUGAUUUGCCGUAUUUUUAAAAACAGCAUAAUUUCACUCUUCUCCAUGAUUAAUCUGCUGUUUUACACAACCUUUGAGUUUUUAGCUUUAUCAAUGACAUGUACUUUAGAAAUUUUUUAAAGAGCCUACCCACUCUUUUAAAACAUCCUGUUCCUUGUUUCAGUUCUAGUUUUAUGUCUAUUUUCUGCCUUGCACCUGAUAAUUCCAACAUUCAAUGGAUGGCCUUGGGAAUCUAAUUCUGGUAUUGAUUGUUUUUGCUGAUUCUCUCCCAUUGUAGCUGAUUUCUUCAUUAUUGUGUAAAUUUAGAUCAUGAGCUCAUGUUUAGCUAAACUUUAUCUGUGGGAACGCUAUAGGCCUGGGUUGAAGGUCUACCUCUCCAGAGAGUGUUUAGUUCUGUGUUUGGAAUACCACCCAUCUGGGAGCAUUUUAAGGUAAUUUCUUACCUUCUGUUUGCAAGACCGCAAAUAAAUUUGCAACCCAAACACUGUGAACACAGAUCUGGGGUUCAGAAUUCUCAAGAUUUCCUACCUGUUUCCUACCCAGAGCAGAGGCCAAGAGAAUUUGGUCUUAGUCUCCCUUUGCCAGCAGAUAUUUUUUUUACUGGCACACCCUUUCAUUAGAGGUGAACCUAGGGAUAGAUAGGUUUAGUUCUAACUUCCCAUCUAGUAGGGAUGGAGUCUUAUCUCCUGCCUCCCAUGUGGUCAUGGCCAUUUUAACAACAAGUCUCUGUGUCAGGUCAGGUGUGUCAUUAAACUAUGGCCUGUAUUCCAAAUCCAGACAGCUGCCUAUUUUUUAUGGCCUAUGAGCUAUGAAUAAUGUUCACAUUUUAACUGGUAAUAUUUUAAAUGGUUACAUAAGUACCUAAAUAAUAUCCUCAAUUUUGCCUCUUUGGUCCACAAAGCCUAAAAUAUUUGCUAUUUCGCUCCAUAAAAACAGGAUUGCCAGCUUCUGUUCUAAGCUAUCAAGAUCUUCAGUCCACUCUUAAUAUAGCUAUAACUCUCACACAUGUACCCCCCUUCUUUCAGGGGUCCUGGAAAUUUCUACUGCACACUUCAAAAAUCAGACAUGCACUUAAAAAUAAGUUGUUUCCAUUUCACCUAGCAUACCGAACUCUUUUCUUUUAGGAGAGUUUUUCAAGUAAUCUUGCCCACCAUGUUCUUCAGAGCCUCAUUAAUAAUGGCAAAAAUUAAAACAACUUAACAUUCAACAAAUGGGAAUUGUUCAUAACAAUUAUAGAAGCACAUACAGUAGAAAACUAUAAACUGUUCUUGAAACGAAGGCAGUGGGAAGUGGACAGAAGACCUGAUAGGAAAGAUAAAAAGAAGAGGAAAAGGAAAAUGAAAGUUUCCAGUUUGACAAUCAAGCUGUCUUCUGCAUCCAUUUCAUUCCAAGACCACCAAGCCAGUGUGGAGGCUUUUUCCUCCUUUCCUUUUCGUGAGACUGAUCACAACCUUGCCAGGACACGGUUUCCUCUUACUCGACCCAGUCUUUGUAAAAAAUGGGAGGCAGCCGUCAGAAGGAAAAACUUGAAGCCCACCAAGUACAGCAGUAUUUGCUCAGAACACUUUACUCCGGACUGCUUUAAGAGGGAGUGCAACAGCAAGUUACUGAAAGAGGACGCUGUCCCCACAAUAUUUCUUUGUACUGAACCACAUGACAAGAAGGAAGAUCUUCCGGAGCCCCAAGAACAGCUUCCCCGACCUCCUUCAACACCCCCCGUUUCCCAGGUCGAUGCUGCUAUCGGGUUACUCAUGCCUCCUCUUCAGACCCCUGAUAACCUCUCCGUGUUCUGUGACCACAACUGCACUGUGGAGGACACCAUGCACCAGAGGAAGAGGAUUCACCAGCUCGAACAGCAAGUAGAGAAGCUCAGAAAGCAGCUCCAGACCGCACAGCAGCGGUGCAGAAGACAGGAGCGGCAGCUGGAGAAGCUGAAAGAGGUCGUGCACUUCCAGAAGGAGAAAGACGACAUCUCCGAGAGGGGUUAUGUGAUUCUACCAAAUGACUAUUUUGAAAUAGUUGAAGUCGCGGCAUGAAGAGUGAAAUCUGUGUUGGUGUUCAAUGGGGCAAUACCACCUGCCCUCUUCUAGCCUGUAGAGGAGUUUCAUUUGAAAAAAAUUACACUUGGUCACUUGUAUAAAAACAAUUCAGAAUAUUUUUUAAAAGAAUAAAUUAGAUAUAUACUGUAAAACUGUAAAUGUUUUGUUUGUAAUUUCAGGGUUUUUACAUUUUAACAAAAUAUUUUUAAAAUUAUAAACUAGCUUCAUUGUAAGUUGGUUUCAAGAUUGGGGAUUUUUGUUUCUUAAUUUGAGUAUUUAUAGAAAUGAUAUGAAAAUAAAAAGUAAAGAGAAUGAUAACAGUGCAGUAAGGAUGAUUUAAGUUUAAAGUUUAAAAUUUUAAAUGAACAGUUUAUUGAGAGAACUUAGUCACAUUUUAAAUCAGAAGCAUGGGGCAAUAACUUCUCAGAAUAUAUAUAUAUAUAUUCUUAUUCACAUAUUCUUAUUUGUAAAGUCAGCAGAUUCAUUUAUCUUUCUUAAUCACUUAUCAAAGAUAAAUUGGCAAGUCAAUACUUUUAAAAAAAAAAGAUUGGUUGUCUUUAGAGCAGAAAAUGAGUCAUUCCAUACCUAAUCAAAAUGGUUAAAAGACUUUAAAGAAUGGAUUUUUAAAAAGUGGACCCUUCUUUUCCCCCCGCUGUCUGGCAUUAUAGAAUUAGAAGUGUGUCUCCACUGGAAGAUACACUCUCCAGUAAGCAAAGUAGGCAUUGUUAUCAGUGAGGUAAUGACCAAUGACCAAUGGGGGCUGAUCCGUGGCUUGCCUUUUUCUUUCACUGCCCCGAGCUAAGGGACAUCCAGUCCCCAACUGUAGGUGUACCUGCAUCCAGAUCUCUGCCAGAUGUGUUGUGUGGGUAGAGUUUGACUUGUUCCAUAAGGUGGAAAUCUUGCACGUGACUAAUUGAUUUUGGCAAGGCUUCACAUAAAAAAUGAUUUCUUCACUUUUACCACAAGUUAGAAAUUACAUCCCAUUUACCUUAAGGAGUGAUUUGCAUUCAAAAGCAUCCUAAUAGGUAAUGUUUAUUUUACUUAAUGCCGAGACUCAAAUACUGAGGUUUCUGUUCAAACUGUGAGUUGUGUUCUGACUUUGUGAGAAAGUUUACAUAUAUUUGAAAUGAAAACCGUUCUGAGUAAACAAGUACUGCUGUAGGAAUUACCUACUGUGAUUUAGAGUAACUGCUCCACCUGUAAUUAUUUCAUAUUUCAAAGUGCUGCACAGACCUUUGACGGCUGUAUUAAAGAUACGCAGCGGUGAUGUCCAAGAGUGUCUUUUGUAGACCUGAUUUUCAGUGUAAUUCACUGCCAUGCCAGUACUUUGAUUCAUGGAGAUUCGACUUUUUAUGAACCAGUAUUUCAAAAAUAGAAAAUUAUGAUUACUUGAAAUUAUAUCAUCUGAUAACACUUAGAACUAACUCUAAGGAAUCAGGAUUUUUUUCUAGUUAUUUGUGAGUCUCAUUACUGUUUUUAGAAGCCACAAAAUCUGUAAGUAGUUUGUUUUUACAUUUCAUCUCUCUAGCGAUUCCUGGAGAAUAUGUGGGUAAAUAUUUUGCAAAGUAUAUAUCUUAAAUCUAAAUUGUCAUCUACGUAAAAAAAAAUCUGUGUGUGUGUGUGUGUCC